AGACUUUUCUACUUUUUUUUAUCUCACAUUUCCCUUUUAAAGCUUGGUUCCAGGCCAUGCAUCGAUCGUCUAAACCUCACAGUCACAGCCAUUCUUGAUUUUGCUUUCCUAUGCUUUUGUUUUAUAUUCUUUGAGAGAGACAACCAUAUAUCCUUGACAUAUUCGCAGACAAGCAGUCCACAACGCAGCGCAAGGAUUCUAUGAUUUCUAUCUCAAUUAUCCUUUAUAUUAUAAAAGAGCAUAAACCAACAAUCAGAUGAGUGCGAAGAUAAAGCUUCCCAAACUUCUCAAUCUUCUACUACUCUACAUAAUACAUACAACUUCAUGGACUGCUGCAGCAGCUGCAACCUCAUCCUUCUCACAACUCCAGUUAAUCAAUAGAGGCUUCAGUGCAACCCCAAGCCAGUCUCCAUUCCAACCAAUUCUAAAUGAGCCCAGCGGUGUUUUCUCUCUGGGUUUCCUCAAAGUAGGCUCCAGCCAGCUUGACCUUGCAGUCAUCCACCUUCCAUCCCGGCAGCCAGUAUGGCGUGCUAUUCCGGCUAGUCCGGGAAGCUGGGACAACUCCGUCACCUUCUCCUUUAAUGGCAGUUUGGUACUGUCGGAUUCCGGAAAGGGUGUGCUCUGGUCAACUGGUUCUGUGGAUGGUGACACACUUGUCCUCCUCAAUUCCUCCAACCUCCAAAUCCAGAAGGCCGGAGAGCCAGCAGCAUCAGUCCUCUGGCAAAGUUUUGACUUUCCAUCGGACACCAUCAUGCAAGGCCAGAAUUUCACCUCCAAAGCUGCUCUGUUUUCAAAUAACCAAAAGUUCUCCAUGAGCCUUGGCUUUGACUACCUAGCCCUUUACAUGGAGUUCCCUGGAGUGGCCGCGCCUAUGUAUUGGAAGCGCACAGCACUCCAGGCCAAGGCGCUGGAUCAUCCAGGGAAGGGACCGAUCUAUGCGAGGGUCGACCCCACUGGCUUCCUGGGCUUGUACCAGACCGAAGCGGUUCCUGUGGACGUGAUCUCCUUUGAUACAUUCAACAGAGGAAUACCUGACCUCCGGCGCCUGACGCUGGAGUCAGACGGCAACCUCAAAGCAUAUUACUGGAAUGGUUCAUCUUGGGUUUUGGAUUUUAAAGCCAUCCCCGACUCCGAGGCUUGUCAACUCCUCAGUGCUUGCGGCGCAUACGGGCUAUGCCGUUUAGAGGAGCCCAUGUGUGCGUGCCUGGAUAAUACUACGGCAAUUUGUCCCCCCGCAGACUCAGGCAAUCUUUGCAGCAGCGGCAGUAUCAGUAGUGUGGGAGGAGAUGACUACACGGUUUUCAGAACGAAAGGCGUCGAAUUGCCGAACAAGGAGUUGGCAGGCUAUCAAAAAAUGGGAUCUUUGGAAGAUUGCGAGCAGUCCUGUGAGAGGAACUGCAGCUGCUGGGGUGCAGUGUAUAACAACGUCUCCGGCUUUUGCUAUUCAAUUGAUUAUCCGAUCCAGACACUGGUGGAGGCUGGGAAUGUGCAGAAGACGGGGUAUUUCAAGGUGAGGACGAGAGCCAGCAGCAACAGCAAGAGCAAGGCAGGGAUGGUAGUGCUACUUACUGUUGGGGUUUUGGUCUUCUUGGCAGCCGCUGGUUUUGGGGCUUACAGGGUGUGGAACCAAAUUAGGAGGAGAAGCCAGGAUGGGCUGGAUGAGUCUACAGUGGAGUGGCCCUAUAAGGAUCUCAAGUCCGGCUCCUCCUUUCGCUCCAUCGAACUGUCUGAAUCUUUCAGGAAGUGA